CCGUGCCCCCUACACUCGCCGAGGCACCACCACUUGUUCUUUCCUUCUCCUCCGCCUACCCUCCAUUCCUUCCCUCCUUCCAUUCCCCUCCUCCGAUCCAAAUGGUGCCUCCGCAAUCCGCUCCCGGCGGCCUCCUCUAGCCGCGGCCCUCCCACCUGCAUCGGCUGCGCGGUUUGCUUCGGUUUCAAGGCUCUUCGUGUUCAGUUUAUGUUGACAGUACUUUGGGAGUUGGGAUGCUAUCUGUACAACUAUAGUAGUAGUUUUUUGGUGUUUCAGCACAAUUGUUUACUGUGCUUGUUUUUGGAAGGGAAAUCUCAUAGCGCCGUCCACGAGUUGCAUGAUCCAGCACCUGUGAUACAGAGCAGUUGCUGGGCUAAUUUGCCUCCAGAAUUGCUUCACGAUGUGAUUGAGAGGUUGGAGGCCAGUGAGGCUACAUGGCCUUCCAGGAAACAUGUAGUCGCUUGUGCGGCUGUCUGUCGAACCUGGAGAGAGAUGUGUCAAGAGAUUGUUAAGAACCCAGAGUUUUGUGGAAAAAUUACUUUCCCUGUCUCCUUGAAGCAGCCUGGGCCCCGUGAUGGAACCAUCCAGUGCUUCAUUAAAAGGGAUAAGUCUACACAAACUUACUACCUGCAUCUGUGUCUUACCUCCGCUGUGGUCGCUGAAAAUGGCAAGUUUCUUCUAUUGGCGAAAAGACACUCCCGUCCAACCUGUACAGAGUAUACAAUAUUUAUGAAUACUGACAAUACAUCUAGGUCAAGCAACAUGUACAUUGGAAAAUUGAGGUCAAAUCUCCUUGGCACAAAGUUUGUAAUAUAUGAUACCCAACAUCCAUGCAACAUACCCAAUGUUUCACAAUCAGGGAAAACAAGCUGUAGGUUCUACUCAAGGAAGGUAUCACCGAAGGCCUCAUCCAGUACUUACAGUAUAGCACAGGUUUCGUAUGAGCUGAAUGUCUUGGGGACUCGGGGCCCUAGGCGGAUGAACUGUGUCAUGAACUCCAUACCUGCCUCAUCCCUUGAGGCUGGUGGCACUGUUCUAUGCCAGCCAGACAGUGCCGUUGCUCAUUCCCUUGAUGAGUCAUUUGGCAGCAUCUCCUUCUUGAAGUCAUCCAUUAGGGAUCGCUCCAUCCGAUUCAGCAGCACCCGAUUCUCGGGCAUCUCAAUAGGUGGCUCCAGGAAUGGAGGCCAGGCAUUGGGUGAUAAUGAUGAGUGCAAGGAGUGGCCACUGACUCUCCGCAACAAGGCACCAAGAUGGCACGACCAGUUGCAAUGCUGGUGCCUCAACUUCAAGGGCAGGGUGACCGUUGCAUCUGUGAAGAACUUCCAACUUGUUGCCGCGACAGAGUCUACUGCUGAAGCACCGACCCCAUCACAGCCUGCCCCGCCACCUCCAUCUGAGCAUGACAAGGUGAUACUGCAAUUUGGUAAGGUUGCCAAGGACAUGUUCACAAUGGACUACCGAUACCCACUGUCAGCCUUCCAGGCCUUUGCAAUCUGCCUGAGCAGCUUCGACACCAAGCUGGCUUGCGAAUGAAAUCAUCAGCAUGGGCACCGAUUAUGUAAGAGACUGGUGGCCCCCUCAAAUUUAUCUGGGACCGCCACAGUGAUGUCUAUUGUUCAUGGUCUUUUAACUUGUAGUUGUCACUAGAAAACCGUUGAUUAGCCUUCCCCCCCCCCCCCCCCCCCCCUGAUUUUAUAGCUGCUGCCCACCGCUGUUUGCUCAGCUGUAUCACCAUUUGUCUUGUUUUUAACAGCUUGCUUUCUAGAGCCUUUGCCUUUCUGUAAUAACUAGCAGACUUAAUUGGGUUGUUGAUACUUUGCUUGUGUUGCCAGAAGAGUUCCACAUAUUCAUCUGUGGUUAAGUUACAAAUUUUCGGUCU